AUGGACUUCUACGCCCAAUAUACUUGCUCCGACCAUAUCCAGGGGCCCAAACCCGGCGGACCCAGUCCUCAAAGUCAUAUCAAAUACACCUCCGAAUCAUAUCCUGAAAUCAAACGGGAUAGCAAAUUCGGCAAGCUUUCUCAAGAUCAUGUCCAAUUUUUCAGACAUUUGUUGGGUGCUCACUCAGCCGUCAUUGAUGGAGUCUCUCAGGAUGCAACCGAUGAUCUAGAACCUUUCAACAGCGACUGGAUGCGGAAAUACAAGGGACAUACAAAGCUCGUCAUUAAGCCUGGCUCGACGGAUGAAGUCAGUAAAGUGCUGAAAUAUUGCAAUGACAACAUGCUGGCUGUUGUACCACAAGGCGGCAAUUCGGGUCUUGUGGGCGGCUCGAUUCCUGUAUAUGAUGAAAUCGUGAUCAACAUGUCCCGUAUGAACAACAUCAGAGACUUUGACGAAGUUUCUGGUACUCUCGUCGCUGAUGCGGGAUGCAUCCUAGAAGUCGUCGACCACUUUUUAGCAGAAAAGAAUCAUAUCUUCCCUUUGGAUCUUGGUGCAAAAGGCUCAUGUCACAUCGGAGGUAAUGUGGCUACCAAUGCGGGUGGGCUACGUCUACUGCGGUAUGGCAGUCUGCAUGGAAACAUUCUCGGAAUCGAGGCAGUGCUCCCAGAUGGCACCGUGAUGGACGAUCUGAGCAAACUCCGUAAAAAUAAUACGGGCUACGAUAUAAAACAACUUUUCAUCGGUGGGGAAGGCACGAUAGGUAUCAUCACAGGCGUUUCAGUUCUAUGUCCGCAGAGGUCGAAGGCUGCGAACGUGGCUUUCUUUGGCCUCGAAAGCUUUGAGAAGGUCCAAGAAGCAUUUCGCGCAGCAAAAAGCCAAUUGUCCGAAAUUCUUUCGGCGUUCGAAUUGAUGGACCGGCAGAGCCAGGAUUUGGUUCAUGCAGUCACGGACAAGAAGCGCCCGCUGGAAGGCCAACACCCAUUCUACUGUCUGAUCGAGACGAGCGGUUCGAAUCCCGACCACGACAGCGAGAAAUUAGAAAAGUUUCUUGAGCACGUAAUGAGUGAAGAAAUCGUAUCGGACGGCGUCCUUGCUCAAGAUGAGACUCAGGUACAGUCACUGUGGUCCUGGCGCGAGGGUAUCCCCGAGUGCUUGGGACACUGGGGUGGUGUGUACAAAUACGACCUCUCGAUACCAUUGCCAGAGCUUUACAAACUUGUUGAGGAUACGAGGGAACGUCUCACAUCCGCUGGUCUUGUUGGCGACGACGAGAAAUACCCGAUAGUCGGUGUUGUAGGUUAUGGCCACAUGGGAGACUCGAAUUUGCAUCUCAACGUUGCGACAAGAAGGUUUGAUAAGGAAGUUGAGAAGAAGCUGGAGCCGUUCGUAUACGAGUGGAUUGCUAAACGCAACGGCAGUAUCAGUGCAGAACAUGGCCUAGGCCUUGCUAAAAAGGCAUUCAUUGGAUACAGUCGAAGUGAGACUAUGAUACGGCUAAUGAAGCAGAUCAAAGAUCUUUACGACCCUAUUGAUCUCGAAUCCAGCGAUGACGACAUCCAAGACAUACAACAAGAAAUCUCCGUGCUCAGCACUUGCGACAGUCCUUUCGUUACCCAAUACAAGACGAGCUUCCUGCGAGGUUACAAAUUAUGGAUCGUAAUGGAGUACUUAGGCGGAGGGUCAUGCCUAGAUCUACUUAAACCAGGUCCAUUCAACGAAGGCCACAUUGCAAUCAUCUGCCGCGAGCUACUUCUAGGACUCGACUAUCUGCACCAAGAGGGGAAGAUACAUCGUGACAUAAAAGCCGCCAAUAUACUGCUGGCACAGUCAGGAAAGGUCAAGCUUGCGGACUUUGGUGUUGCGGCUCAGCUAACAAACAUAAAAUCGCAAAGAAAUACAUUUGUGGGAACUCCAUUCUGGAUGGCACCAGAAGUUAUACAGCAAGCUGGGUAUGACUUCAAAGCGGACAUCUGGUCAUUAGGGAUAACAGCUAUGGAAAUGGUCAACGGAGAGCCGCCAAAUGCUAGCACGCAUCCGAUGAAGGUACUAUUCCUGAUACCAAAGGCGCCGGCACCGAGACUUGAGGGGAGCGGCUAUAGUCGAGAUUUUAAGGAGUUCGUUGCGGCUUGUCUCGUGAAAGAUCCAGACCGCAGGCCAACUGCAAAAGAACUCUUGCAGCAUCGGUUCAUCAGAAGCGCUGGGCGGGUAGAAGGUCUGCAAGAGCUCAUUCAGCGUCGACAAAUGUGGGACAGCAGCAGGGGAAGGCAAACCCACCCAAGAUACUACGAGGAGACGCUGGGUUCAAUGCUAGUAAUGGAAGAAAAAGAAGAUUGGGUAUUUGAUACAAUCAAAGCUCCCACAAUGGUGAUGUCAAGCCAAACGCAGAGGCACACCCAGAAGCGCCGAAAAAUGUCAAUUGUACACGAUGAAAUGCAAGAAGGCCCAGAGACUAUCCUCGGCCGGCUGACCCUAGAGGAUUCGCAGCCAAAACCGGAGUCGACCUUAUCAACAAUGCGAAGAGCAACCACGAAGCGUCGAUCGUCACCAACAGGAGCUGGGUCUCCUGCUAAACGAAGAUCAAGCGGACAGAAGCAGCCUCUGGCGCCUUGUACGGAUUUUGGAAAUAGCGGAUCCACAAUGAGACAGUUUCGACGUGUGUCAGAAAACUCUCCAGAAGUAGCGCCCAACGCAUCUCUGGCGGAAAGAGAUGAGAAUCACCACCCAAUGGCCGAAACAGUGACCAAAGAGGUGCUACUCGGGCGAAGGGCCUACUCGAGAGCUGUUGAUCAAGCCUUGCAAGAGACGUACGCGCAGACAGGAAAUCAGAUCAAGCGCGAAGCUAUCUCCCGAGUAGCACUUGCGUGGGACACUUUAGACAAAGAGGACCCCGAAGGAGAAUACCACCUUCUGAAGCUCAUAAUAGAAAAGGUCCAAAAUGAUCCGAAGCUGUCAGGACUCCUGCCACCGUCACAACCAGUAACGCCCCCGAAGCCAAAACUCGUUUUAGCUCAGAAUAACCCCCAUCUCAAGAGUCACCGUCGCCGCCAGUCCUCGCUGCUGCCGGCGGAUGAUGUGUGGACAGUUAAACAACUACAGCUGCCUGGACAGCUUGUUGACGGGAUGGACCACACAAAGCAAUUAGCUGAUGUUUUGUAUGGCAAGUGGGCCGAAGGUCUAAAGAACAGUCGCUCCUCUGUACGCUCAAGUAGUAGCCAGUCCCAAGCGCAUACCCCAUCCUCAUCAGUUCCGAAUACACCACUGCUUCCUACCGGGCCACCGACCCCCGAAAAGAGGUCACCGUAUCCAGCAGACUCGAUUUCCUUUCUCAUAGCAUUGGCAGCGCAAGAAAGACGCGUUCUCGAGCUGAGGGAGGAGCUACACAAGGCAGAUGAAGACUUGGAGAAGCUGAAAAAGCAAUGGGCUGUGCAUGAAGCAACGAAAAAGAAAAAUGAGCUGCGGCAUUUGCAGCAGCUGCAACCCCUCAAUACACCACCGCUCGGGUCAGGAAUGCCUAGUGACGACGAUUCAGCACGCCCCAGUAGAGAACUUGAUAGACGGAGAAUCACACCAUCUAGUAUCAAGCCUUCGUAUCGAACGGUUUUCGCUGGAUCUAGACACACCCGGGCUCUCUCUUUACUAUCCCCCAGAGAUCCGAGAAGUCACUCGGACCUUCUACUACGUGCCAUGGGACCAUCGAAACCCCACCAGGCUGCAGCCAAUGAUGUCGCAGUGCCCGCUACAGUCCAUGAUCUUUCUCCCUUGGACGUCGAGUCAGGCUCGGAGAUAUUGGAGACUGGCAAGCAGCUCGUCGGCGACUUUCGGCAGGGACUCUGGACCUUCUUUAAAGACUUCAAGCAGCUUACUGUCGGAGACGAAGGCGUUGCUACUGCUGGUCUGCGUAAACGCCCCGUCAUAGCUCCUGGAAACAUGCCAAGGCGGCAGAACAUGAAAGAGAAAAGACCAGCUCUUGAUGAAAGUCCAUUCAGGACGGCGGGAGCUUUGGACGUUGAGCGAGAACCAUCGAGAAAGCGUCAGAUCGAGUUUUCUGAUUCUAAGCAGGGAGUUGGUAGCUCCCUGGAUAGACCUACGGAAGCCGUUGUGCCUACUUCAAUCCUCACAGAUGAUAGACCCGAAGGUGGAGACAGUUCCAACUUCAGCGAUUCUGAUGGCGACGGAUGGGACAACUCGGACACCCCAGAGAAACCGGACACCCCAAAGAAAGGACCUUGUUGA